AGGUCAUUUUACACCGACUUUAAGUGCGUUAAAUCACGGCACAGAACACGACAGUAAGGUCAGACGUCCACCAACAACAAGCAAACGUGGUAUUUACAUGCACGGGAGCACGCGUCUUCCGUCACGCGGCGGCCAACGGCGCGGGAUUGCUGCAAAUAACGACGCAGCCACCGCCCGUGCAGCUCUCUUUACUUUCCACUCGUCUGCGCACAGUUCUAAUUCAGUCCGACUUCCGAGUCUGACGCCCUCCGUCGUGACACCUCUCGUGGCUCCGCCCAGCAGUAGUGAGUUGAAGGAGGCCGCCGUGCACGCUGCCCGCCUUCGAUACACGUCAUCGCUCAAACGGAAGACGCGAUCGGCUCUGAAGGACACCGCCUCCACCUCAUCAAACCCUUCUUCAAGGCCGCCAACUUUGGGCUCGGUGGAGCCGGUGAGGAGCUCUGCAGCUGAAAAACGAACUUCGUCUGCUUCUCCUUCCCCGCAGUGUUGCGUCAUCGAAAGCGGUGCGACGCCGCGCUCCUCUAGCAGUCUCGAAACUUUAAUGAAGAAUCAGCAGUAUGCGGAGCUCUACUUUGUGUUAUCCACACUCCUUCCGAUCACGUCGCGCCGGCUUCUGAAGGACGACGCACACACCUUGCGCAUCUUGGGCUACCGCGCCAUUUGCUCGUGCGCGCUUCUCCGUUAUAAGGAAAGCGCUGAGGAUGGCAUGGCGUGCCUUGACAUUCGCCGGCGACUGCACGAAGUGGGCUGUGCGGUUUCCAGCGGGGAUGAUCAGCGGCUCAGCGUACAGGUGGACGAGUGCGUCAUGCGUGCCUUGGUCAUGGGUGAACGCUACGAGGAGGCGGAUAAGGUGGCGAGUUUCUUGCUCAGCACGUCGUCUCCUCCGUUUUGUGGGGCCGGCGGGGAACAUCUUGCAGCUGACGGCCCCACCACCUCCAUGUGGCAAAGCGCGAUCCCGCACAUAAAGCGUUUCCGCGGUGCGGUGGUGGCCCAUCAGUGGCGGGACGCGCUGGCGGUGAUAGACAGCGAAGAGUCAGGCACAUCAGACGCGCGUGCGUGUUUGCGGGCGAGUCCGCUGUGUGCGAUGCUCGCCUUUGUGCACCUCGAGUCCGGCCACCCCAUGACCGCGCGGGCGUUGCUGCUCGCCUACUUGGCCGAUCUGCCGGAGCCACCAAUGUGGGAGGUGAUGCUGACGGCGCCGUCGGAGCACGGGCAGCUGUGGGACAGCUUCCGCUCCCACUACGUCUUCGCCACCACGCUGCUGGCCAAGGCGUCGGUCAUGUCGGGCAGUGCGUAUUUGAACAUCGCCGCGGCUCUGCUGCAGCGCUGCCUACGCGUGUUGCCUCUUUACACCCCUGCCCGUCUGCUCGCUGAGUUCGUGCUGUCGUACGAGGCCCAGCAGGAGCUGUUGGAGACUGCCGUGUCCGCACAGGACUUCCCCGCUGCUCUCCACCUCUCCGCCCGCAUGCUUGCGAUGCCGGAGGUGAACCCGGCGUUGCAGGCAGAGGUAUACCUGGCGCGGACGCAGAUCCAGUGGCUGCGUUGUCUGCCACUGGAGGUGGUACGUGAGGCGUCACAGUGCGUCGCGGCUGAUCCGGCGUGUGCACUGGCGUUGCGGCUGCGCGCCGAUGCCUUGGAGGCGAUGGAUCAGGGAGCGGAGGCGGUGGCCGACAGAGCCGCUGCGAGGCAUCUGAACGCCAACGUGGAGGCGGCGUACGCGCAGUUGCAGGCGCAGCGGCAGCGGUACGACGCGGCGCAGAGGGUAGCCGCCUCGCAGCGGCGUUCAUUUACAGCGUUCGCCGCUGCCGCGCCGACCGCUUCACAUCGGCCGGACCACCUGUGGGGCGCGUCAGACAGCGGCACUCACACCAGCCCCCAUGCUGCGGAUGCGGGCUUUCGGUGUGCUCGCGCCAAAACAGAUUCGGAGGAUCCCCCGUCCCCCUCGCCUUUACAGACUUCCGCUGCCUGUUCUGAGCCGACGCACUACGCCAUUCUUGGUGUGCCGCGUCACGCAACGUUGAGUGAGAUUCGUCAGCGCUACCGUCAUCUCAUUCUGCAAUGCCAUCCCGAUCGGCUUGUCAACGCAUCCGCCGAGAGCCGUCAGCAAGCGGCGGAGGAGUUCAAGCGGGUAAGUAAUGCGUACAGCGUGCUCUCCGACGCAGAGCAACGCCGCGACUACGAUGCAACUGUGCACCCCUUCAUUUAG